AUGGCUGACGUCAAAAAAGCUUGCCUCGCUUCCAUGGGAUGUGUUCCCCUCGGGAGGGCACCAAAUGAAGUACAAAAUGGCAAAGACUUCUACAAAUACUUCUUCACCCAUCAUCAAGACCUAAGGAAAUACUUCAAAGGUGCUGAGAACUUCACCGCUGAUGACAUCCAGAAAAGCGACAGAUUUGAAAAACUUGGAACUGGUCUGUUGAUGUCCGUUCAUAUUCUGGCCAACAUCUAUGAUAAUGAUAUGGUUUUCCGUGCCUUUUGCCGUGAUCUGAUGGACAGACAUGUUGGCAGAGGAGUUGAUCCUGCUUUGUGGAAGGCAUUCUGGGGCGUCUGGGUAGCAUUCUUGGAAAGCAAAGGAGCCGCUCUGAGUUCAGAUCAGAAGGCAGCAUGGGAGAAACUCGGAACAUUGUUCAACGAAGAAUGCCAAAAACAACUUGCCAAACACGGACUUCCUCACUUGUAA